GCUAUUAGGCCUUGCGCUAGGUAACCAGGUCCAUUCGUCCUGACACUCGAAGGCCCCCCCAUUUCGACCAUCAUCAUGCCUCCAAAGCGCGGUUCGACAGUCAACACCGACGCUAGCGCGCCUAUGCGCAAGCGUGCUCGCACGUCGAGCGCUCACGCAGCGGCAAAAGCUCUCGUGGCCGACAUCGUCGACGCGUCGGGGGACUACGAGCUCCCGAACAAUAACGACGAGGUUAUUACGACCGUCCAGCAGCUCGCCCGCUACGCCAGACACCUUGAAGAGCAGCUCGAGUUGGCCGAUAAGGCGGCCACCCAGGUGCCGGCAGGGCCGGCGAAGAAGACGCCUGAAGAGCUAGCUGAGAAAAUCAGGAAGGCUGCGGCCGCUGGGAUUAAGAAGCAGAUGAGCUGGAAGCCUUCGUGCAAAACAAACUCAGCAAAGUGGGUCUACGACGGUAUCUGCCCUGACCCGGAGGUCUUUGGCCACCUCUUCAAUCUCGGCGGCCCUCCAAAGUGGAAAAUGAAAAAGUUCUCCAAGCAAGAGUUCGAGGACAUUUUUGGUGACAUUGAGGGCCAUGCUCGGUACAACGAGCUUUAUAUCACCAACAGGGAGAUCAAUGUUCGUUGGUCCGAGACCGGAGAGUUCAAGCUUAGCGGUACCUACGGGAUAUCAAUGUAGCUGGGGAAAUCUAACCUAAAAAGUGUCCGUUGCGGGCGUUUUCCUGCCGAGUGCACUAUUGUGUAAGUAGGGCAGAGUACUUGUCGCCACUAAUGUACCUACGCACCGAUAAUGAUUCCCAGCUAGUCCAUGUUCAUCCGUACAUAAGCUCGAAAAUCGUGAAGGGCUAAUGAAUGAAAGGUAUGAACGACAGCCAUGAUGUGUCCCGGGUAUCAUAAACCCGGGCGGGCAAGCUCUGGAACGAGUGUCCCAGGAGAAUCAACAGGAUAACCCGGGCUAUGCAGUAUAUGACGAUCAACGUCAGCGCCAUCUUGUUCAUAGCUUCCGUAACCCAUCGCCUGUCGACGACGGCCGCGCCGAGGAUAAUAACGAAGACAAUGAUGGGUAAGAUGAUGAGCAGCAGGGCGCAGCACCGCCAGAGUACCUGGCCGUUACUGUUCGGGAACUCGACAUCCCAGCAGAAGAGGUGCGCGAU